AUGUCGAUUACAAUUCUCUUCCUUCUGAGCUCCAUCGUCCAUCAGGCAUUGGCGGGGAACUGCCAGACCGUGCCAGCCAAUGUCACCUGGCCGCCAGUUCAAGAAGCCACGGAAAGUGACUAUGGCGGCUAUCGAUGCCCCUGUUGUAUGCUGAAUUGCUACUUUGACGGCACGAAGAAUCAAUGCUAUCCGACCAAGGACUACGAGCCGUUUUGCCCUGAUUUACCCGCCACCAUCACCUGGGCUCCGGAAGAGCCUGCCUAUUACGAUGCGUAUGGCAGUGUAGCGGGAAUCAAGUGUAAGAAAGGACUCCAUUGCUAUUAUGAUGGAUCGAUGAAUCAGUGCUACAUGUCGGAGGAAGCAAUGGCCGAUUGCCCCCCCGUUGCCGGCGAGUGUCACCUGGCAGCCAUACGGCGAGGCUCGCCACGAGCAGUACGACGACAACAAGAGGGUGAAUGUGCACCAAAGCCCGACUAUGUCACCGUGCCGCCAACCAGUCGUGCAACGGCGGGACGUUGUCCAGAAGACUAUGCUUGCUACCGCGUCGGUGGAGUCAACGAGUGUUAUUGCCAUGACACCACCAACAAGACCGAUUGCUAUCAACACUCUUUCGGUUCCCAUACGGCGAUGACGUGCUACCAUAAGCGCAACCAAUGUGCCCGCACAUGUGGCUGGUGCAUU